GCGGGUUCUGCGUUCUGCCGGGCGCCGUUCGCUGUGCGGCACGUGGGACGGGUGUUUGCUGUGCCCUAAAGCGAAGGGCUGCGGUUACGGAGGGGAGAAAACAGGGCUGUCCGCGGGAGCUCGUGUGCGGAACUCCAAGCGGCAAGCGGCGCGGAUAAGUCAGUGAUACCGCGGUGCUUUUAAGGCACUGACUUCGUUAGGCUGGGCUCUAUAGGGGAACUCGUGGGUAUGCAGACGUGCUCUGAGUCGCGGUUUUAGGGAAGCGCUCGUCGAGGCUCGGCCGGCAGCCACGUACGGCGGUGUCCAUGUUGUCCGUGUCAGCGCUGUGCCCGGCUGUGGGAAAUGCGUCAGAUGAAUAAUCGAUGGGGAGUGAAGCGCUGCUUCGGAAGCUGAAUGUGCUGCCAUCCUUUGGGUUUCUUUUUGACAUUGACGGUGUGCUGGUACGAGGAAAGACUCCAAUACCUGCUGCAAAAACAGCCUUUCAGAAGCUGGUUAACUCUCAGGGCCAGUUCUUGGUGCCUGUAGUAUUUGUCACCAAUGCAGGGGAUUGCCUUCGCCAGAAGAAAGCAGAUCAGCUGUCCCAUGUACUGGGAGUUCCAAUUUCACAAGACCAAGUGAUGAUGUCUCACAGCCCACUGCGGAUGUUCAAACGUUAUCAUCCAAAAUGCGUUCUUGUAUCUGGACAAGGACCACUGCUUGAUAUUGCUCAGGACCUUGGGUUCAGCCAGCCUGUCACCAUUGAGAUGUUGAGGGCGAAGCACCCGCUGCUGGAUGUGGUUGACCACGACAGAGCACCGGGUGUUUUGUACCCCUCUGCUGUGGAGCUUCCCAAGAUUGAGGCUGUCAUUUUGUUUGGGGAGCCUGUCAGAUGGGAAACCAACCUUCAGCUUAUAAUAGAUGUUUUGCUGACCAGUGGCUACCCGGGAAAUCCAUAUCACCAUGAAAAUUACCCUCAGAUACCUGUACUUGCUUGUAAUAUGGAUCUAAUGUGGGUAGCUGAAGCACAGUCUCCAAGGUUUGGGCAUGGGACGUUCAUGGUUUGUUUGGAAAACAUCUACAAGAAGAUUACUGGCAAAGAUCUGAAAUAUGAGGCCUUAAUGGGCAAGCCUAGUGAAUUGACCUAUCAGUAUGCAGAUUACCUUAUCAGAGCUCAAGCAGCAGAAAGACAGUGGAAGCAACCCAUUCUAACUCUUUAUGCUGUUGGAGAUAAUCUCAUGACUGAUGUGUAUGGUGCUAACCUUUACAAUCGCUAUCUUGAAGAGAAGAAUUCCAGAAAAGGCUCAAAAACAUGGAUUCAGGCCAAAGUUGCUGGUGGCAAAGGGUCUGCUGCUCUCUCUCAGGAUGAUGAAAUAGCCAACAGCUGGGAGAAUGAACUGGCAUCCUCUGCUGCUACCCACUGCAGGUCUGUUCUGGUUUGUACUGGGGUUUACAACCCUCACACAGAGAUACCCUUGGAUACCAAAGAGAGCAGAACUGAAACGAUAUUCCAUGGCCACAGAGAUUUUAGGUUUGAUCCUGGUUUAGUAGAACCAGAUCAUGUGGUACCAGAUGUUAAUGCUGCUGUAGACCUGAUCUUCCAGUUGGAGAACUUUGCUCCUAAUUGACAUGACAUGAUUUCUUCAGGACUGCUCAAUGUUACACUUGUCUUCCCCAAAACUGUGCUUUAAAAUCAUGCCACAAACUGCUUUUUUAUUUUUAAUUUAUUUUUUUUGUUUACUUUUUAACAUAUAAUACUAUAAUAUGAAAGUGCAUAAUACAAUAAAUAUGAAAGUAGAUUAAUGUGCUUAAUAUACUUAGUAUAAGACUAUAUAAAUUAAAAAAAAUCUGUUUAAAAUACUUUAUAUAAGUAUAAAUAAUACUUUAAAAGUAUUUCAAACUAAUUUAUUGCUUUAGCUGUUCUUUAUUUGGAUGUUAUUCAUUAUUUUAGGUAUUCCAAUAGUUAUUUUUCAUAAUUGCUUAUGUUUUAUCGGUCCUUAAAUUCCUGUGUGAACAUUGAUUCUUUUCUUUCUUGAAAGAUUUACCUUCUAGUUAUUGGAGGUUUUUGAUAGUGAGACUGGGUCAAUCACAUAAUUACAAAUUGUUUGAUAGAGAGCACAGUAAGUAUUCUGCAAAAGAUGAGCAGAAUGAUUUGAUUCUUUCAAAUAUGUUGCUUCACAUAAGAGUUGAAUUCAAGAAUAUUCUGUCUCUGUACUUACUCAGAUGUAACCAUGCAGCCUUUCUCUUUAUCUGUUUUCCAAUGUAUCUGGACCUGCCUUGCUGCUAUGCUCUGACACGUAAACCCUUAAAAGAAAUGCCAGUAUAAGCUGAUGAAGGCUGAGUUGUUAACAGAAAUUUUGGAACUCCUGCUAACUGAACAGUCAUACAGGGAAAGCAGCAGAUAGUGAGUGUCCUAUGUGGUGUAACACCUGGCCUUUUUGUUGUUGCCUUUUUAUUUGCACUUCUGUGGGUAAUUUUGGAAAUUGUUUUGGGCAUUUCACCUGGACUUUUCCACUGAAUGAGUGACUGCUAUUUGGGCAAAAAGUGCCUACUAGUUUACUUGAAGCUUUGUACCACUGUGGUAGCUGACUGCCCUCGAGUGUAAUGUUUUGUCUUGUGUCGAUGUUAUGUGUUUGGUUCAUGGAUUUUUAUAAUUGUUCAUUUUUUAAAAAACUUAUUUUUAUAAAAUACUUCUAACCAUUUUAAUCCAAAAGAUGUAUUUGAAAAUAUCUUCUGUGUUGGUUAUAACACACUGAGAUAACACUUGAGAUAAGCUGUGUGUCUGUCCCUUAUUGUUUGGAAAACAUAAGUCAAUUAAAUGCUUAAAAAUGAAGUCAACUUACAUGGAAGUAGCAUGUAAAAUCACCUUAGGACUAGUGAGGUGUGGGAUCUGUUUUGUUUCAGAAAUAAGAAAUGGUACAACAAAUCUGAGAGUCUUCCAGAGUUCUUGCAGAAGCAGAAUGCUGCCUUACAAACAUUCUCAGCUGGUGGGGUAAGGAGAAAUGAUGUCCUGGCCAACUUCUAUGCUGCUUAUUAUCCUGAAAUCAAAAUCUGAGUACUCUUCAUGUCAUGAAGAGAACAACAGUGCUGCCAUUAAGUCAGGCUUUUGUUGUGUUUUCUGUUUGCAUGCCACUCCAGUCACUUCCACUGCUGUCAGGAUUGUUGAUUAAUUCACUCAUGUUUUGUAAGUAGCUUUCAACAUACCUUGCUGGUUGCAGGGUUUAAAGUUUAAGGACACUGUUCCAAAUAUUGUAUUUUGUUUUUAUUCACUGGAAAACUAUUACAGCAGUCCAUUCUUACCUUUCUUACUGUUGCAGCAAGUGAAUGUGUCUGUUUCUUUAUCUCUUUUCUGUAAUAUGCCAACUACUUACAAAGCAUGCCAAAUGUUUUUAAGUAAAGAAUGUUGUUAAGGUUUUGUAAGACAUCAGGAUAACCAGAGUUGUGUUGUUUCAGUAUUGAAGCACAUUGCUGAAUUCUUUCUUACUGGAACCUGUUUCAGACUUUCAGUGAAGCAAGGAAUAAAAACGUGGAAGUUGAUGAAGAAGGCACUGUUCAAUUUUUCUCCUUUUAUUCCCCCCCAGAUAUGCAUGAACAUUUCAGCAUCAGUUGUCAUUUAUCUGUCAGCACAAAACAAAAUAUAGGCAGUUGGUGCCACGGAUGAUGAACAAAGAUGACCUAUAUAUUGGAAUUACUGUAAAACUUGAAAGAACUGUUGGCAUACUAAAGCACUGGCCACAGCGUGUUAGCUAGGCUUGUUCCAUGUUGUACAAGUGAAGAUGCUACUCUGGCAGACUUCUCCUUUGAAUGUUGUAUCUUGUUAACUCAAGAAGUGGUGCAGGUGAGAUUUUCCUUCAGCGUGUCAUAGAACAUUGCAUCAGAAUCAAUAAUGCAAUGGGUAACACUGUCUGUUAGAAAUGAUACUUUAACGUGGUAAAUUGGUACAUUGGUAAAUGAGUUAAAUGUGGAACUCUGUAGAAGAAAUGUUUCCAUUACUUGAAAGGUAAUGCGUAAAGUGAAAACCAGCAUGGUAAAAUGUUCUGUCUAACCAGUGAAGUGCGAGAUGAAUGAAUAUCAGGUUUGUUGAGAGAAGUCUCAAACUGUGUUAACUUUUUCUCUCUUUGAUUGUCCUCCUACGUGGAUUUUCACUUGUAUUCUUUUGAUGUGUUUUGAGCUUCAGUGCUUACCUCACUGAAAUCGGCAGCACGUCCCACGUGUUGUGUUUGGUGUGUUUGGCCGCACUGCUGGGUGUGACAGCACUUCUUUCAAGGCUAAAAUGUCCUGUUGGAAAUGCAGGUGGCCCGAGAUGCUCCGGAGUAACGCAGUGAAGUCACUGUUAGCAAAUGCUGGGGGUUGUGGUGAAGUUUCCGUCGUUGUCCUUCAUUUCUGUGCUGGUGGCAUUUUCUACAUUCAAGCAUUUUCUGUUAAAUAAAAAAAAAUAAUAAUAACCCUCCAAAGCAA